AUGAAAAUGCAACAACAAGCCUCGGAAGUGGAGCUUCAUGUCUAUGUUGUGCCCCCCAACUUAUGGGAGCCGAGUUUAUACACCGCAUUUCCGCAACUUAUCAAACAGACUGUGUCAGCCGGAAUUAUUCGAACUAAACCGGAUUUGACACUCGAUCGAUUGCGUGGUUUAAUAAAAGAUCAGCUUGGCCCACAGUUUCUUCCGAAAGACUACCUUUUCUGUAAAAGCGUGGGUCAUUCAAUCGGGCGGGUAGGAUCAGAUCCAAACAAGAACACUUAUUUUUCACGAAACACUUUGUCCCUCCAGUGGAAAACGGCAAUAAAUAGCGCAGUUGACAUUGUUGGUGAUGGCUUUUAUACUUCGCUAACAAGUCAUUGUUUGACCACCUCUGGCUCGUUUCUGCCCUUCACUUGGUUGUGCGAAAAGAACCCUUCGAGGAAGUCGGUCGACUGGCAUACGGAGCACGUGGCCAAGCCAAUGCAACCUGUGGAGUGUGAUCAGUUCAGUUAUCGAGGGCGAAGUGAGUUUCCUGAAUUAUAUGUGCUCGACAAAAAAGCGCUGGAAACCCUGGAAGACAAAGGCUGGUUGGAGACACCUCAACAGCUCAACACUAAGGAACAAGCAAAAGUCAAGGAGCCUCAAGGAGAUGCUAAAAGCCACGAGCAGAAAACAACCGAUAAGACAAAAGAGGGCAGCUCACCUCAAGUGGUCCAAAAGUCUCAAUCAAAACGUAGUGGACAGAAAAGUGAGGAAGCGGAGGACAAAGUAAGGUUUCUAUCCCCGCCAGCGUUCAACGCGUUGAAACCUCGACCAGCAAUUCCCAUGUCAGACUCACAUCAAGAUCGCGAUCAAACUAUGACCCCAUCCCUCCCUCCACUAACAGAGGAAGACGGACAAAAACCUCAGCACAGGCUGCAACAUCCAAUACAAUUGCUAAUUGAUCCAACGAAUGAAAUGUAUAGCCCGACCUCUACGACCGAUUUUGAGUUUUUAACUCGAGCACCCCUUAGCGGGCGUCCCAUGAGCAUGAGCUCUCCCGCAUUGCAUAGUGGAGAUGCGGCUUUGGAAAGCAUUUCUUACGCUAUCGAGCAGCAACGUGAUAUUUUGUGGCGGCUAGAGAACGAGCAGUGUCGUCGUCUAUUGGAAAUGCGAGCUGAAGCGGAGGAACGUCGACGCCGUGAGGCAGAAGAACAUGAACGAGAAUUGGCCGAAAAAAAUGAACAACAAAGGAGGCUCGAGGGUCUUGAAGAGGAGUUGAUACGGCGUUCAGAAGAGGCCAGAGCUGCCAGAGACGAGCUAGAAGCAGCCAAAGAAUUGUGGAAAACUGCUUUGGAGGCAAAGGAAGACGAAAUGAGAACUCUACGUGAAAAUGUUGAGCUAAUGUUGGCCAACGCCAAAGGCAGAGAGAAUGCAGAACUGGCUGCUGCUCGCGCCGAACUGAAUGAAGUAAGGAAUGAAUUGAAGGCCAUGCAGGAUCGUUAUGCCGAGGUUCGAGCGGAGUUAGGAAGACGUCAUCAAGCGGCCGAAGAACGGUUAGAGGAGGUUUCUGGGGAAAUGCAAGGCUUACGGAGAAAAAUGUCAAUGGUUUAUCAUGCAGUAACAGAAACACCAGUCAGGGAACAGGUGGUGAUUAGAGAACGGAAGGUGUCCGAA